GCGCGGUACCGAAACGGGCUGAGCGGCGGCGUUCGUUCCGCUUCGUCACCUCCAGCCCCCGCAUACAUCGUCGGCUGUGUCCAUCGCUGUCGACCUUCUUCCACGUUGACUGCGUGCGUGCAAGGACGACGCACGCGCACGGAGUGACGGUGCCAUCUCAGUGUGACGGAUAUGGAGUUCGGCGGAGAGGGCGAACGUGGUUUGUUGACGCUUCGUGAGCUGCAAGUCGUGGCGGCGGCCGUGUCGACGUUUGCAGAGAGAGCUCGUCGUGAGCGGGCGCUUGGACGACUGAGGGCGGAGUUGCGCGCACGUAGGAGGGUGGUCAUGAGGCUUCAAGACAGCAUUGGUCCGGAGUACGUGGCGACAUCGCAGAGUGUUCUUCAGCUAUGGUACGUGUCGGGGUGCGGAGUGAUGCCGAGAGAGACGCCGCGGUGGUGGAUAAAGCGCAGGACUGGAGGCACGUGGGAAGACCUCCGCCAAUGCGACGACACGACGGACGACUACUUCCGGGAAAAGCUACGAAUGUCGCCACGAGUGUUCCGGGAGAUCACGGAGGCAUGUGCACCUCAUCUUCAGCGGCGGGUGACGUUUUACAGGGAGCCUCUGCAGCCUGACCAGAUUGUCUCAUACGCAUUGUACAGGUGGGCGUCGGGUGAGACAUACGAGAGCGGCACGUGCAACUUCGGGAUUGGCAGAGCCUCUGGCCUCGUCGCCGUGCGCAACGUCACUGCCGCGCUGCUCCGAGUUGUCGUCGACCUCGGCUUGCGAGUCGUCGACGUGCACUGCGGAUACCCGGGAAGCUGCCACGAUAUCAGGGCGCUCCAGCUGUCCAGCCUCCGGCAGCGCGCGGAGUCAGGGGAGUUGUUCCGUGGUUCGCCUGUGACACUCCCUUUUGGUGUGCGCACGAACGGCUACGUCCUGGCGGACAACGGUUACUCCCCAUCUGAAUGGAUGGUGGUCCCGUAUGGAGGCAUCAAUCAGCACGUGGACGACGAGCGUUUCAACAACAAGCAGAAGGUGGCGAGGGGAGCGGUGGAGCGGGCGUUCGGCAGGCUGAAGGGCAUGUGGCGUCUGUUUCUGCGAUCACACAAGACGAACCUGGACACUCUCCCGCAGCAGUUCACCGCCGUCUCUAUACUGCACAACAUACUUAUCGACGUCGGGAUUCCAUUCGACGAGAACCUGCUAUGGGAGGUCGACGCUAAUGGUGUGCGAAGACGUGUGGACCUGGGGAUGGAAGAGCCCAUGCAGCCCGUGUCGAUGCUUACUACGACCGACGAAGCGUUGGCCCUGCGCACUGCUCUGUCGGAGCGAAUGAAACAACUCUGAGUCCUGUUGCGACUCAGCACGGCAGGGAGUGGCAUUGUGUUCGUCGCAGCGAUGGCU